UGCUGCCGGUAGAAGAGGAGAGUGGGCUGGCUGGCAGCGGCGUGGCGUGUCUCGUCUCGUCUCGUCUCGUCGCCGGAGCUCAGCAGGACAGCUAGCGGGAAGCGCCAGCGUUGCGCCCAGUGACCAAAAGCCGAGGUCUGAAUCACUGAAGAUGAAGAGUAAACCUCCAAGUUGCACAUUAUUUUGUUACGUCACUCUGCUGACAUGGCAAAGUAUUAUGAUGAUGCAGUGUGGCGAGCUGGAAUUUGAGGACAGCCGAGGUCACUGUGUCCCCUGCUUUCCCUGUCCUCCAGGACAAGAGCCUGACAAGGGAUGUGGUUACGGAAAAGGUUUUGAAAAGAGCUGCAGAAGCUGUGCACAGGGCACUUUUAAAGACAGCUAUGGUUUCGGGUCCUGUGAAACCCACAUGGACUGUGCGAGCUUGAGGAAGACAUAUAUUCGUCUCGGAACACCAAUGACAGAUGCUGCCUGUGGACACUGCUUGCCAGGGCAUUAUGCCUCAGUUGAAGAAUCCUCUGGACUAGAGGAAUGCCUGCCAUGUUCAUCUGCUCCACUGGGAACUGCAGAAUGUUCAGGGCUCUAUACCCGGCUGCUGCGUGUGGCACGGAAUACCCAGCACGCGCAUCAGGCAGGCUUCUCAAAGUCUUCCAAUCAGAGCAAGGAGGUGACACAUGAGGAGAAGCACACAGAGUUUGUUGUCUUCGCAUUGGUGCCGGUCUUCUGCAUUGUGGGAUUGUGUGGAAUUUUCAUCUGCAAUGCCCUGAAGAAGAAGGGAUACCGCUGUAUCUCAGAAAAAUCGGAUGAGGAAAGUCCCAAUGGGAAGCUGGCUAUCAAUGCGAUUCCCUUCAGAUCAGAUGAAACCAAUGAGGACACAAUUGGUGUGCUGGUACGGCUGAUCACAGAGAAGAAAGAAAAUGCUGCAGCCUUACAAGAGUUGCUGAAGGAGCACGAGCUCUUGGAGGGGACUGCCUCCGACAACAGAGCAGACAUCACUGGUAAAAAUGCAUCCGAAAGAUUGGUUCCAUUGUUGACCAUUCCCAAGCUAUGUAAACACCAUCAUGUGCACACGGUACAGACGUCAGCAACCCCACUGGGCUCCAGCUGUACACGGUGCAGUCAGAAGAAGUGGCCUGAACUGCUGCUGAAUCCUCCCAUCCGGAACGCUGCAAAAUCUGUCAAAGUGGGAACCCGGGCCAAUAGGCCUGGCGAAAUCACCAUCCUAUCCAUUGGCAGAUUCCGUGUCACUCAGAUUCCUGAACAGAAGCAGAAUGUAGCUGAUGGGAAAAGUGACUUGGUAGACAUCACCUGUGAUGGUGCAAUGGAUCAAAAAUUACUGGGCUCAGUAAAAUGCCCAAAAUACACAGCCGGCCAGCAAGAGGUUGGUGACUGACUUUCAUUGAAGAUCCUGAAGAGGUCAAUAAGUUACCCCUAGUGAGGGCUGAAACAAAGGUGGAAAAUGUACACCUUGGACCUAAGAACAUUUAAGACAAAAGAAAAAAAUCCCUUUCCCAAAUGCUCUGUAGCAAAAUGUGGUCUACUUGAAGGGCUGCUGGGAAACAAACUCGGAUACUUGAGCACAAUUUGAAAGCUGAGACCGGAGGAGCAACGGCUAAUAUGUGUGUUCCCUAAAACAGUCCUAUCUCUUCACUAUCCCAGGUUAUUUUUAUAAUUGUAACUUCUAUUUGGAAAUGUUGUAACCUUAACUGCACACCAAAAUGCUGUUAUAUUUGUCACCCCUUUAGAUUUUUCAGUAAUAUUGAUUUAUUUCAUAGUUUCAUACUUUCAGAUAUUUUUAGAUUCUAUAUUGAGGGCAACUAGAGCACUUCUGAGGAACUUAGGGGGAAAAAAAAACAAUCUCAUUAAUUCUACAUGUACAACUGGACCAAACUCUGUAACUAAACAAAUUCAAGCUAUAGGACUAGCAGACAGUAACGAGUUUGGAGAGGUAACUCAGCAUUGUUUUAAAGGGGAAAAAAUGCAAUAAGACGUUAACAAACCACUUUUGAACAGCAUCAAAAUUUGUGACUAAUAGAAAAGUCGCAAUUCAUUUAUUGCUUUAGUUAUUUUUAAAAUAAUUUUUAAAAGGGCCAGUGUUUAAACAACUCAGGGUUUGACAUUACCCAUGGAACAAGUAAUGUCCCUUUUCCAAUAAAAAGAGCUUUCUCUGAACGCUGCAGUAAAUGAAUCGGGUUAAAUUUGACCCACUGAACAUUUAAAAAGUAAUAAAGACAGGAACAAUAGAAAACUAUUUCAACACAAUGGAAAAACAAGCAGCUUUCCUAUUCCUAUCUUUGUAAGGUGUGGUACUGUAGUCAGAGCAAUAAUAUACCUUUUUCAGAAGGAAUAUUGUAAACAUUCAUUAUUACCUCUACAAGUAGAUUGCCAGUUGAUUUAGAACAGGGAGGGUAUUUAGUGAUUGUGUACCAACAGUGCACACACCUCCCCUUUUGUUCACUACCUACUGGUCAUGUGGGUGUGGUAGAUGCCCACUGUUGCAACAGCUGUGUUGCCUCACCCAGAAACUGGCAAAUCACGUAUCAUGGAACAGCAGUUUAUUUAUGUAUGGAGAAUGACUGGACUUUGAAUUUAUUGUAUAGCAACAUUAAAUGCUUCAGGUGGGGAAACAGGCAGAGAUCCUAAAUGGUAAAGAGGGAAAUGGUCCUUGAUAACUAUUUGUUUAUUAUUGACAGGUCAAUGGGGGGGGGGGGGGGUUUAAGAAAUUUGACAUUUUGGCUGUACAGUGUAAUUUCACUAGUUUGAGACAUGUAUUCACCUGGUGUACGUACAGAAGAGCCAUGUGCAAAGUAAUGCCUAGAGCUGGAAUAGUCCUGGUAAACUUUCAUUAUUGUGAUUGUAUUUCUGACGUGAGAAGAUUCCAGUCAGCAGUCAUCUGAUGAUUUGUAUUCUUUAGGUAAUUGUGAUAAAUACAGCACAAUCUCAAAGCAGGAAUUAUAACGAACUGACCAUUCAUUGUGAAACACUACAGUAUUAUAUUCCUGAAUAGUUAGGCAAACAGCAUUGGGUGGGUAAGACACCAUUGAAACAGGACUGUUUCCACUGAUUUGGAUGAGUGCAAGCAUAAUGUUUUUAUUUCAUCCAUGUCCUUUCUGUAAAAUGCUAAUGAAAUGCAGUUUUAAUGCAGAAUUAUAACGAUAGCCAUCCAUUGAUCCACAGUAUUCAGAGAGGAGAGUUAAGCAAGCAUUAAACUAUCUUUAGACUUUUUAAUUGGGCCAAUAGUUUGAAGAUGUUUAUUUUUUUAAAAAGAUUGCAGCAUUUUCACGGACAACAAACUUGAAUUGACUAAAUUCAGUUAGAAGAGGACAUUUUUUGUUUGAAAGCAAGUGAUAUAUUCCAGUCCACUAUCAAUGGCAACUUGGGAUUUGCAUUUACUGACAGUAAAUGGGGCAGAGGUUGUGAGGCAGCUACCAUCAUUGCAAGUGUAGGCAGUGGCUUCUGCAGUGCCUGUCAUCCUUACUAAGGAUAGGAGCAUGCUUGAUUCUGAAGCAACUCGUAACUAAUAAGUGUUUUGCAGUUUGUUCUGCAAAACAAGUAGCUUCAGUGGCAGAGGACCAGCAUAGUUAUAGAACUAGUCCCUCAUGCUGAUCUUGCCAUUAAGAAUGGGACUCCCAAAAUGGCAAUUCUGAGUUUGCAGACUGCAGCUCGUGGCUUAAACAACAUUAAAAUUUCAAACUCCACAUUCACUGCAGG